UUAAAUACCUUUACAUAAAUUAAAUUUUCCAUUAAAUAAAUAGUUUAUAUUUAAUAUUUUCAUACAAUAUAAUAGUAUAAAUGCAAAAAUCUCAUGACACAACAAAGCUCUCUUCUUCCUCUGUGGCCUACCCUUCUCUCCCAUUAAUCGUAACUGGUUGAGAAAAUUUGGUGGGAGAUCUGAUGUUCGCGCUAAAUAAUUCUAUUUACUUACAAGAUCAAGAUGCCCCCUGAAAAUAGAGAAACGAUGCAAAAGGGCCUCGAAGCAUCUUAUGGAUGCUUUCAAGCUAAAAGCUUAUUGUAUGGCCCUCCUUGCCCGAGGAGUUUCAGUGGACAGACCCUGGAGCUCAAGUAUACAAAUGGUGCAAAGCAAGCAAAUGUUAACUCUGAGAGUGAUGGAGCAGUAAGUCGUGAUAAAUUAUCAGUCCCGAGUGAAUAUUGUGGGAGACCAGCACUGCAAGAAAACUAUUAUGUUUGGUCAACAUUGUUACCAAACUCUAUGAAAGAUGUGCAUAGCCAAUGCUAUCCACUUGAUGGCAGCUUUUAUCCUCCAAACCAUGGGCACUACUUACGCACACAUUGGCUCCCUCAGGUUCCUUUACAGAUGGUUCCUCAAAGCUACUCACCUGACUAUAUGUUUCAAGACUUUCAGUACUUUGUGGUCAUUGACUUUGAGGCAACUUGUGAUAAAGACAAGAACCCUCAUCCGCAAGAAAUAAUUGAGUUUCCAUCUGUGAUCGUGAACUGUACAACUGGCAAACUAGAGGACUGUUUUCAGAUGUAUGUGCGGCCUACUCAUAAUCAGCUGCUCACUGAAUUUUGUAAGGACCUAACAGGCAUCCAGCAGUCUCAGGUGGACAAAGGUGUUCUUUUGACUGAAGCGCUGCUUAUGCAUGACAAAUGGCUUGAAGACAAAGGCAUCAAGCACACAAACUUUGCUGUAGUGACAUGGUCAAACUGGGAUUGUAGAGUAAUGUUGGAAUCAGAGUGCCGAUUUAAGAGGAUUAGGAAGCCACCAUAUUUCAAUAGGUGGAUUAAUUUGAAGAUUCCAUUCAACAAAGUAUUCGGAAGUGAUAGACGUAACUUAAAACAAGCAGUGGAACUUGCUGGGCUCACUUGGGAAGGCCGUGCCCAUUGCGGACUAGAUGAUGCAAAAAACACUGCUCGCCUUGUAACUCACCUUAUGCACCUCGGAUUAAAGUUAUCGAUAACAAAUUCUCUGUGGCAAUCCACUGAUCAUCCUAGCGCUGUUCACCUGCAGCAGCAGCAGCAGCAAGUUCCUAAUCCUGAAACCAACCCAACUUAUCAUCAACCCCAGAAGUGGAAGGGUCCCCCUUAUAUCGCCAUCAUUCCUUUCCAACCACUCCAAGCUGUCAACAUGAUGAAAGAGCUGCAUGUUCAGUGCUAUUGUGGGGCCACAAGUAUCAAGCGGGUGUUCCAGAAACCAGGACCUAUGCAUGGAUGUUGUUUCUUCGGGUGUGGAAACUGGACUGCUAACAGAGGACCCGUCUGCGCUUUUUUCAUGUGGGUUUCUGCAUCUGAAUCUCUUAAAUCAGCCUAGAAAUUAUAUGCGCUUCGGAAAUACUGAAAUCAUGUGCAACCUACUGGUUAGAGGAGAUAGAUUAGUUUCAUGUGUGAAUACAUGGAUCCUCACACUGGUGAAUUUGAUGUGUAGCCUCUGCUUGUUAGUUGUUAGGUUCUGUUCUAACGCCUCCAUUAUAAUAUGGGACAAUGGGCAUAUACAGGACUAUGUGCAGAUCAUGCAAAUGGACAUGAAUUUCAGGUUAAUUCUAAAUAAUUCCAUAUGAAAUAGUAACAACUAUUUAUGCGCA